AACACCACGACUUUAACGGCACGUUUGCGCGAGCGUCGGCGCCGUUUCUUCCAUCGUCAUCUCGCACAUUAAAAGCCGUUUUCUACCCCCUCCGCCUCCUCUGUCCCUGCCUCCUCUCACCGAGUUAGAGCCUGCCUUGUUACUACUAGCAGGGGGUAGAGAGAGAGAGAGAGAGAGAGAGCGAGCGAGCGAGCGAGCGAGGACGCAUAGGUAUGGGGUCUUUGGAGAUUCGGGUCUCCUCCAGAGAGGGUUCUAGCGACUGCGGCGGUACCGGGAGGGUGUCGGCGGCGGAGCUGCAGGGGAUCAUGGACCGGAUCAGAUCCAGGGUGGAGGAGCAUAAGGUACAGGCAGCUAUGGACAUCCGGAGGCUCACCAAGACGUCGUCCAGGAACCGACGGCACCUCUCCCCCGCCGUCGAACCCCUCGUGUCGAUGCUUCGGUCCAGGAGCUCCGAGUCCCACGAGGCCGCCAUCCUCGCUCUCCUCAAUCUUGCCGUUAAAGAUGAAAGGAACAAGAUCAGUAUAGUGGAAGCAGGGGCACUGGAACCACUAAUUAGUUUCUUAGAGUCCACAAAUGGUAAUCUGCAAGAGUAUGCUACUGCUGCACUCUUUACCCUUUCUGCAUCAUCCGUCAACAAAUCCAGGAUGAGUGCCUCUGGAGCCAUCCCCCUUCUCGUCAAGGUCCUUACGGAUGGAAGCCAACAAGCUAAGAUUGAUGCUACCGUGACUCUCUACAAUCUCUCCACCAUCGUAGACAACAUCAACACUAUCCUCUCAUUCCAUCCUAUCCCUCCUCUGGUUGCCUUUCUCAAGACCUGCAAUAAGUCCUCCAAAACAUCUGAAAAAUGCUGUGCCCUCUUGGAAUCAUUGGUUGCUCUCGAUGAAGGGAGAACUGCUUUGACAUCUGAGGAAGGUGGGGUUCUUGCUGUGGUAGAAGUUCUGGAAGAAGGGUCUCCUCAGAGUCGAGAGCAUGCAGUCGGAGCCCUAUUGACGAUGUGCGAGAGUGACCGAAGCAGAUACAGAGAAGUUAUACUGAAGGAAGGUGCUAUUCCAGGUCUUCUUGAGCUCACUGUUCAAGGGACAUUGAAGUCUCAAGCAAAAGCUCGUAGACUUUUGGAGUUAUUGAGGGACUCUCCCUAUCCAAGAUCUGAACUACAAGCAGACACACUGGAGAAUAUUGUCAGCAACAUCGUGUCUCAAAUGGAUGGUGAUGAGCAGGCAGAGAAGGCAAAGAAGAUGUUGGCUGAGAUGGUUCAGAUCAGCAUGGAGAAGAGCUUGAGGCACUUGCAGAGAAGGGCCCUCAUGUGCACUCCGACUGAGCUGCCGCUUGGUAAACGCCCAUCGGAAGUAUCAUCAAAAUAAGCCUACCUUUUCUAUCGGUCUAUCCUUCCUUCUCUUUGUACAUAUAAGUAACAGGUGAUGAUGAAGAAGAAAGAAAACAUAAGGUAAUAGAAUGAUGCCAGUCCAGGCAACUGAUGGUGUCAGGUGACUGGUGAAGCUUGCUUACGUUGAUCUUGGGUACCUUUGCUUCUACGUGGUAUACUUGAAGUGUCAGUAGAAGAACAUUAGCUUGUCUGUACAAAACACAUAUACUCUUUUGUUUCCUGAUUUAUUGUAAGUGCUACAAUUCUCAAGUAUCACAGUCUGCAGAAUGCAGAGGCUACAAAUAAAAGGUUUAUCUUGUUUAUAUGGAUCAA